AUUUAACGGAGUGCUUGAGGGAUUUUCCUUCAUGCCAGAUGCGCUGGUGGGACACUCUCAGUGGGGACCAUAGAUGGUUACACUCAAAAGAUAUGAGCCAGCAUUGCGAUAUUAUCUCGCCGACUCCUGACCGUCGGACUUCGCGCAAACAGAAUGCAGAACAGAAGAACUUCUUCCUUUCCAACUGCGUGCGUUGUUCUCGCCGGUCCUUGAAGCUGGACUCCCGUUUAAUCCGUCGCAGACAGUACAUGGAUGGCGCCUGUUUAUCCUUGAGCGUUUUCUUGACGCGGCCGCGGCAUUACUGCUUGACUCGACCCCAAGACUCUCAGCGUCGCAUGCCCAGCCUGUGCCACCACUUUGUGCCGAAAUGAAGAACCUCAGCAACAGCCGAGCAGUAUAUUUCACGGGUAAAUUUGUCAUUCCUUCCUUUCGCAGAAAGAAAGAAGUGUGUAUGCACUGCAGAAGCGCUGCGGUCGACUCUCAACAGCAGCAGAUGUUCGAGAUUGGUGAGGUACACUCUGGGCUUCAUCUAGUGCACUCCCGGCGCAGCGCUCCCUUCUGCCCCGUUUGACGGAACCAUCACUCACUGCGAAACCCACCUCGACUCGAAAGCCCAUGCGACGAGUACAAGCAGACGCAAGCGGAAUGUUAACGCAUAAAGCGAAAAUACAUUGAGCAGUUCGCCCGGAGGUACCCGUCUCUCAACCAUAGGCCAUCCCUACGACGCGUUGAACACCCUCGCGCUGCCGUCUCUCGGUAUGACCUGCGCUACAACUUGGACGAUUUGAACCAUUACGAAAACUUCGUGAAUGCGCGGCCUAUCGUUUGCGCUCUACCCCCGUUUAUCUCGGCAGGAACAGCACGCAGCGGUCCUAGCGUGUGCGUUCCUUAUCAGCAUGCUUAGUCCAGGCUGGAAUUGCAUCACCGAGUUGCUACUGCAUGACCCAAUGCAUGGCACACUGAAACCUUUUGCAGGUUCCUUUUCCGAGGAUUGGGUAAGGAUAGGCGACCAGAUCGCCAGACCUGACUGACGUCGGUUUGGCACCCCGCACUUCUUCGGGGACAGCUGAAGUAGCUGGCAUUUAUUGACCCAGCCGCAAACGAUGAUGCAAGCAUGAAUGAAUGUCAAAAGAUUCUGCAUCCUUCACACCCUUCCAUGUGGGAGCGCUAACGUUGGUUGCAGCAUGAUCCCGGUAUUGCGACCUGUUACUGGGAUGGUUCAGGACGAUCCAAUGGUGCAAACGAGCCGAGCGGGAAGCGAAGCGAACGUGGUGAGGACAGGACUCGUAUAGCACGCAUUGAGACAAUCCUUGCCGACGGUAACAUGUGCUGCGACUUGGGAACGGCCAAUCAUUCAAUGCAUGUACGGUGCGUUGCAGACUCGAGGCCCCUGGAGGUAAUGAGACGGUCACGUGACCAGCAUAUCAUUUCUUCCCGUCUAACUCAACUUGUAACCUCAUCAUCCCGCCGAGACAACUGCAUGCCAACAUCUCCAGGCUGAAAGCGGUGGCAUGGCACAAGCGCACGUGUGCCACUACCGACUGCGAGCAUGUAAGUGCUGUUGAGAGGUGAAUGGGUUGGGAAGACGAGGAAGAAGAUACCAACAACACCCGUUCGAGGCAAUGGCCCAGUCAUUGUGUGCAAGCUCGACAAGUUGAAGAAUUGCAACCGGGUGAAAUAUGAACGGACUGUCCUUGACCCUUGCUUUAGAGUCUUAUUCCCUUGCAAACUAACAAGAACCUUCAACCUAUGGGCCAUGGUGCGACCGGAAACUCUGUCUCACGUAUUGAUGCAUACAAGAAUGGCUCCGACAUCCUCGUCGCCGUCCUUGAUGCUUCUCUGGAAUUUGUGUUGAGUCUGGUGUCAUUAUGUUGCUGGGACGCAUGGGCUAAAGUUCGUUGGAGUUGAGCUGAAAAAACCACUACAAUAACAAGACUGAGGAUCAGAGAGCCUGCAAUUCUCCCACCAUGUUCAGUCGGUCCUUCAUGCUGAUGCUGUUGCUUUGAACAAAGAUGAGUCGUUAACGGCGUGCCUACCUCAAAUAAAUGUGGUUGAAUCGAAAGCGCAGCUGCUGUCCCAGCACCUUCCUUCCCUCUCGCACUUGCCUCAAUUCCUGGUCAGACGGCCGUCCUCAUCUUCUCUUCUCUCUUCCAUUUUCCUCCUCUUCUCUUCAUCACUCUCAUACCCCUUCAUCAUCACAGCUUUGACAGAACCCAUCACUUUGCCUUUGUUGCUGGUGCUGCAGGCCAUUGUCUCCCUGAAGCUCACUUUCUCUCGACAGCUUAUCAUUGUGAGCAGUGCCUUCAUCCCAGCGCCAUGUGGCUCUUCAAGCUUCUUUUCCUGGCAAUGGCCGCGCUCGGUCUGCCUGCUAUGGCUCAGACACCCAUGUGUGCAUCAGAGCCAUCAUCGUCAACCACUUCCUAUGGCUGCACAGUGACCUAUACUCCCUACAUGGCUCCUCAAAUUGGUCCGACUACCACAAUCUAUGCUGCCAUCAUGACGACGUACUAUUAUGUCGUUGAUUGCCGUUACUGCACCGUUACCAACUACCAGAAGAAUCCGACUCCAAAGGUAGAUCUACCACUCGUCCUAGGCUUGUAAUGCCACUGACAUCUCCAGGGUCCCUUCACUGCAAAGACUACAAGUUCCAUGCUCACCAUCACUCGGGUUGAAUGUAUGCCAGAGACCACAGCCUCCACCAGGGGAAGACCUCGUGGCUAUGAAGAGAUUGAACAACCACAAACGAAGACCCUCAAACCAAAAGAGUUGGCUGGUCAUGCUCUUUCACAGAAUGUACGCCGUUCAGGCUCUGGCGUCACUGGUGCAUUGGUUGAACUUGCAACCACUAUGGGCAAUGACAUUUCUCCGGACAUCAACCUCCUCUCUGGUCCUUCCCAGGAAUCGUUCACUGAGAUCAUGUCUGCCUUGUUUGCACUCAAUGUGGCAGACUCUGGAAUGAACCUUACUGCAGCCUGCCAGCAAGUCCAAACUACUGAAGUCAAAUAUCAGUUGCUGGCGUCUGCCUUCAGCCCUGAUCAGGUCAAGGGACUUCUCUGCUGGAUUGCUGCGAAUGGCUAUUCUUUCAACAGCACUCGUGCUCAAGUCAUUUCGACCUUGCAGGCUGCUGUUUAUGGUCUUGAAGUGGCUUCUGGCUUCACAAACAACCGUGCCGAAAUCUGCAACAACCUCGACCUGUUCAAUUCUAUUGCAGGUUUCUUGGAAAUCAACGCCCAACAGUACCAGGAGAUCGUCUGCACCAAAAUUCCCUCUGAGACUCCUACACAACCCAUCUAUUACGAGCCCACCCCUGUCAUCCCGUACGCCACCAACGGCAUGACCACCUGGGGAUCUCCAACCUCGUGGGAUUCUAAUGCCACAGCCCUUGCUACUGGCGGUCCUCAGUCUGCUACAGGCGGCCCAUGGAUGUCCGGCAACAGCUCCUUCCCUAUGUCUGGUAACAGCUCCUUCCCUGCUGCACACAAUGUCACUACGUGGGGACCGCCUAUCUCCUAUACCGGCAGCGUUCUGGUAUGGCCAGCCAACUGGACUCAACCAGCCGGUACCAUGGGUACCGGUGUUGCUUCUGACACCAUGCUUGGGUCCUGGAACGAAACUGGACUCAGAGCACGCACACCGCCGAGUCCCACCGCGAAGCCAUUCUAUCCAGCUAUCUCGACCCCAACACGUCACUCGGUCUUCAAGAGAUACUAGACUGAGAAAGCAUGAUCAGAAGUCCAUCCAGCGCACUGGCUUUCGGACUUAUGCUGGCACACUGUAUGGAGGAGUGGGCCUUCUCAUGACUGUCAUGCUCUAAAUAUGUAUUAUGAGAGAGACAAAGCAAUUGUAUGCGACAUCGCUGUAUGGUAGAGCUUACUAUGAGAUGAGCUGUGCAUAUGUAGCACUGAGUAUGAUAGUACCUCGUGAUGAGUUGAA